AUGUAUAGGGCCAGGAGGGGCUUUGGCCCCCUGAUAUUUCGGUCAGAAAUAGCAAAUAUAUCUUCAAAAAUUUUAAUUAUAGGCCUGUUAGUGUACAAAUUGGGUUGUGCCCCUCCCGAUUUCAGUCUGAUUUCCAAACCUAGCGACAAGAAGUCAAAAUCGAUUUGUAUCUUACGUUGUUACCCAGUUCCUCCCCCAUCAUUGCUAGUCGCUACCUCCUUACCUUGCUCAGUCGCUGCUCGUUGGUCUCGCCAUUCACCACCACAACAGUUGUCACCGGAAAUCAGCUUCUUGAAAUUGGUCUCGCCAUUCACUACCCUUCUAUCACUUGAACUUGUUGUUGCAUCUGGCGUUCCAUGUUGCAGAUGUGCUCCUUAUGAUUUCAUUGGCCUUCCACACAAGGUGGGGACAAUGGCUGGAGGAGCUACAGAUUGUCAGUUUUGGCAUAGAAAUUUAGGCAUUAAGUGUCGUUUGCAUGAAUUGGCAAACAAGAGUAGGAUUUCAUUGACUGGCGCUUCAAAGAUGCUUGCCAACAUUCUCUACUCUUACCGUGGGAUGGGUUUGUCUAUUGGGACAAUGAUUGCAGGAUGA